UCCAGGCCGUGAUUCCGGUCCAAAGGUGCAGCAGGUCGCGUUUUGCUUUUAAGUUUUCGUGCUGCUCAAAUUUUUUCUUUUCCUCUCUUUUCGAAUUUUUUUCUCAGUCAAAACUAAGCGGAUCCAAAUAUUGACUCUAUCAUGUCAAUAUAUAUAAUGUGAGGGAAUAAUAAUCACGAGAGAUGUUCUUCUAUAAUUUGUGAGUGAAGCAGAUUGAGUGAACUAUGAUUGUGAUAAACAAACUUUUGACUUUUCUUUCUCCGAUGGAUCUCUUAAUUCCAGUAUUACUUUUUUCAUUGGUAUCAUCGCCAUUUUUCGUCGAAGCGUUGCAUGCACCAAUCAACACGACGAGGACGUUUACAGCACAGCCACCUCCAAGUUUUCAAAAACAGGCUAAUUUAGGUGUUAAAAGUGCAAAGGUGUUUAGUUUUUCUGGAAAUUCUAAUGCCGGGGUAGCGCCACCUCUGCCACCUUUACCACCUCAAGCAAAAGCAAAACCCUGGGACGUAAGGAAUUCCUACCAAAUUCCACAACAGGGGAUAUUUCCUCCCAUCCAGCAACGCAAACCAAAUGUACCUCCAUUAUUUCAAAGAAACAAUCAACCGAACCAGUUGAUGCCACAAACAUUUAACAGAAAUCAACUAUUACGGGCCGGUAGCUCCGGAUUCCCUGCAAAACAACAACCUUUUAUAGUGACUACCCCAAUUCCAACCCCAAGCCCAGAUACCCUUGGUGGAUCACAAGUGCGCUUUAACUUUAAAGCAGCGAAAGCCAGACAAGCCCAACUUGCUCGUAUGCGCACUACUUCUCCGAAACCUUCCCCACCUGCAAAAAAGAAUAUAAAUACUUCUUCGUUUAAUCGUUUUGACAGAUUCAAUCGCUUUAAAAAACCUCGCAACAAACAAAAAUUCAAGAAACCAACGACACCAAAACCAGAAAAGAAAUACGUCUCUGGAAACGGAGUUCAGUACACCGAUUUGUCAAAAAUAGCGAAAGACGGAAGUUACAUGGGAAAUCAAGAUCCUUUAUAUGUUUAUUCAACAACCACUGCUCCACCACCAACGUAUCCACCAACUCAGCCUCCUUAUCAACGACCUUACAGAAAUAAUUAUCAAAAUAAUUACUAUCAAACUACAACAUACGGGUAUCAGUAUUAUCAGACAACCAAUAACUAUAACUACGACCCAUACUACCAAGGUCAAUAUCAAAACAACAAUGCUCCAUAUCAAGGAAAUAAUCAACAAUAUCAAGGACCAAAUAAUCAACAGUAUCAAGGUAAUUAUCAAGGAUAUGCUACUACAACUCCUUAUUAUCAAGAUCAAGGAUACCAAAAUCAAGGGCAAUAUAACCAAGGUUAUCAAAAUCAGGAGGGAUAUCAGUACACAACCCCGCCAUAUUAUCCUCCUGCGCAACCAAACAACCAGGCCUAUCAAAACAACUACGGCCCAUCAGCAGGUACACAGCAAGGCGGAAACUAUCCCCAGAACUAUUCUGGAAAUCAGACUUACUCUAAUCAUAAUUAUCCUGGACAAGACCCAAAUGCCCAGUAUCAACCUCAGCCACAAGGACCAGUACAAAAUACUCAAUACCAACCCCCACCAGCGAACCAAGGCCCACCCAGUAAUCAAGGAACAAAUACCCAGUAUCAACCUCCUCCAGGAAAUCAAGGUUCAAAUGCACCAUAUCAACCUCCGCCAGCGAAUCAAGCACCAAAUGCACAAUAUCAACCCCCAUCCGCAAAUCUAGCACCAAAUACACCAUAUCAACCUCCUCCAGAAAAUCAAGGUUCAAAUGCACCAUAUCAACCUCCGCCAGGAAAUCAAGGAUCAAAUACACAAUAUCAACCACCACCAGCAAAUCAAGCACCAAAUGCACAAUAUCCACCCCCAUCCGCAGAUCUAGCACCAAAUACACCAUAUCAACCUCCUCCAGGAAAUCAAGGUUCAAAUGCACCAUAUCAACCCCCUCCAGGUAAUCAAGGACCGAAUACUCAAUAUCAACCACCCCCAGCCAAUCAGGGACCCAAUGCACAAUAUCAGCCACCACCGGGUAAUCAAGUACCACCAAUGAAUCAAGGACCCAAUAACCAGUAUGCACCACCACUAGGAAUUCAAGGACUGAAUACCCAAUCUCUUCCUCCAACAGGUAUUCAAGCACCAAUUAAUCAAGGACCACCCGUUAAUCCUGGAGCGAAUGGACAAUAUCAACCACCGCCGGGUAGUCAAGGGGUAAAUGGUCAAUACCAACCCCCACCAGGAGCCCAAGGUCCAAAUACACAGUAUCGACCACCAUCAGGAGCUCAGGGGCCUCCACCUGUUCAAGGUCAAGCUUACCAGCCAGCACAACCUGCACAACCAUACCCGCCACAAGGAAAUCCUCCUUAUCAAACAAACCCCCAACAAGGAGCUCAACAACCACAAAACAUUUCAUCAAAUGCUCCUUAUCAAUAUCAACCGGGACAAGGAUAUAAUGACAAUUACAUUCCACCCAAGAGUGGGGGAGCUGGAUCAUCUCCUGAACAAAGCUGGGUUAGAAUUGAUAACAUCAUGACCACAGUUAAACCCCCGAGUAACGAACGAUGGGUUCAAGUAGGAUCAAUCAAACCAACUUGGACUACCCAGUCAACUAUCACAGUGAAUCAAAAUAAAAAAGUGCAAGACACCACAACGAGAGCACCACCAGAUGUAGCAGGUUGGAGUGACCCUGCCCCUAAUCCUAAUGACAUAAAUCUCGAAAUAAUUGGAGACACUUUGUUAGAUACCCCCAUUGAAAUCACAAAAUCUUUAGACAUUAAUAUGACAUCCGAAACUUCCGUUAACACUGGGUCAGAUAAGCCCUUGAGGGGGGACAUUCAAAUAGAGAAGGCAGUCAAAGGCAAUGUUACCACUGAUGGAAAAUCCAAUGUAUCUAGAUUGGAAUCUAAUGCCAAAUUGAAAACGGAUAAAAACAUGUCAAAGGAUCCUCCAAAGCCCAAGACAACUACCACCUCUACGACCACUACGUCAACAACAACAACUCCUAAGCCAACAACAACGACACCAAAACCAACAACGACGACACCAAAACCAACAACAACGACACCAAAGCCAACAACAACCACAAAGAAACCAACAACAACAACACUAAAACCAACAACACCAAAGCCAACGACGACGACACCAAAGCCAACGACGACUACACCAAAGCCAACAACAACGACCACACCAAAGCCAACAACAAAGAAACCUACAACCACAACUACAACAACAACAAAGGCGCCAACAACAACAACAACAACAACGAAACGCCCCAAAGUAUCUUCCAUGCACUAUAAAAUUGAAAACCAAGCUAGUUCACAGCAGAUCAAGGAAACUAAACCUCACGUUAGCGUCGAUGUCAAAGAAAAGAUUACAAAACAAAGCACCACUAGUGUUAAAAUUGAUACUUCUAGAAUGCCAAAUUCUGAAAACCCUACCAACAGAAUUCUAGCAGCAAACAAUAACCAAAGCCGAGUCCAAACGAGCGCGCAGAGAGGUGUUUACGUUCAACAGAAGCCCGUCCUCAAGGAUUCACACCGCUAUGGCCCCCCGCGACAAGACUACAGAGGACCACAGUAUGACGUCAAAGCGGCAGCAGUAGACUCUCAUAGGAUGAACAACAUUGGCACAACUAUUUUCCCACCCGACUUGACAACUCUCCCAAUUUAUCCUACCACCAAAUCUUUCUGGGACAGUCUUUUCAGUUUUACACCGACAACGCCGUACCCAGGCAACAAACCUGGUUCUUGUCCUACUGCAUUUGCUUUGAUGUUUGACUGUCAUAAUGUCUGUAGCCACGAUAGUCAUUGCUAUGGUCGCCAGAAAUGCUGCCAUGGGGGCAGAGGAACUGGUUGUUGUGCUCGGCCUGAGACUAUGGAUGUGGGAUUUAACAACUUAUUGAUGCCAUAUAUGAUGGCUGAAGGUCAAGGACAAGGGCAAGGGGGACAAAACAACAGAUUUUUCGGUGAAAUACUGAAAAAGAAAUAAUUUAUGAAAAUUGGGGAAGUUUUAUUUCUUUAAUGUGUAAUGUUUUGUAUUUUAACUUUAUUUAAGUUAGAUUAAUAACUUCAUAUCGUUUUUAUCUGUAUUAGUUAUGCUUAACAAAUAUUCUUUUUAUAAGAUAUAACAUUCAGUUAAUUUUAGUUUACUGAUAAACUCUAUGACGUAUUUUAAUUUCACUUUUUGAAUUUUAGCAAUAAAUUAAUCAGUCUGAUUUCAUGUUAUCAUCUACAAAAAAAUCUUUUCUGAUAGAUUUAUGUAUUUGCUAACAGAGCCUUCUCAAACUUUUUUAACAAAGACGAAUGUAUAGAUUAAUAUUUAAUGGUACAUGUAUAUCUUUAAGAUAAUUUAAGCCACGCUUUUUUAUUUUAUAUUCAAAUGAAUGAUUACAAGUAUGCAUAAUAAAUCUACUUGGUACAGUACAUGUAAAAGCAACCCACAAAACACAACAAACAAUUACAUAAAUAUUUAUUAAAUGACUCGAAUUUUAAUUUUAAUGAACAGUAUGUUUUUCUGGAUUGUGCAUCACUGUGUUUUCAUUAAACUAUAUUUGUAAAAAAAAUCAAA